UGGAAAUGACGUAAUUUCUGAACGGUCUCUACGACUUCGCGACCACUAGUCGCGACCACUAGGGUUAUGGUUAUGAAACAAUCAGAGAAGUUAAAUAACCAUAGCCAACGUGCCAACAUUUAUAACUCGUGCACAUGUGGAUGUGUUAUUUAGCUCUUUAUAUAGACAUUUUGACUCAUAAUUCUUGAGAAGUUUCAUGUUAACAUGGCCAAGCAGAAACGGUCUGCAGAUCGUGUGGCUAAAACGAAUACAAAGAAGCUGCAACAAAUCACAAAGGGCAAUGCUGCAGGGGUAAAGCGCAAAGCAAAUUCAGAGAAUGGAGACAAGGCAGAUGAUGAUUCUGCAGAUGAGGAAGCUGUUCUAAGAAAAUACAAACCUAAAUCUCGCAGGUCAAAACCUGUUCACCAAACAGGGCAGCACAGCAGCAAAUACUUCCAGAAUCAGAAACAACCAGUCGCAGCUAGCCAUGACAAUGGCCUCCCCACUCCUUUCCUGGAGGGGACAGAAACACUGAUGAAGGUGGAAAAGGAAGAGGAAGAAGAGAGUGACGAUGAUGAGUGGGAAGAUGUAGAAGAACUGACUGAGCCAUCAUGUGCACAAGUGGAGCCAGUGCUACCCUCUCAGCCUGUGGAGAUCGAGAUUGAAACCCCUGAUCAUGCUCGCAAGAGACAGAGAAAGGAGAAAAGGGAGGCAGAGUUUGAGACCUACCUGCGUCGUAUGAUGAACCGUUUCAACAAAGAAGUGCUUGUGGAUACACAUAAGGUCCACCUCUUGUGUCUAGUGGCCAAUGGAACCUUCCGGAACCGGCUAUGCAGCGAACCAGACCUGCUGGCAAUUGGCUUCUCUGUGGUGCCAGCUCACUUUACCGUGGUGACCCCUGACCAGGCUGAUGUCUCUUUUCUUUCUAGGCUGCUUACGUGGUUUCGGGCGACGUUUACACUUACCCCAGACCUGCCCCAGGACCAGGGGGUCAGUCCAUGUGUGAUAUUGGAAAGGAGGCUUGAAACCCUUUCUGCCCGCAAUCAUGAGGAAAUGACCCAUGUGUUCCUGGUUAUUCUGCGAUCACUGCAGCUGUUCUGUCGACUGGUGCUGUCACUUCAACCUAUUCCUCUGAAGCCAGUUUCUACCAAGAACAAGGCCAAGACUUCCGGCUGCACCCCCGAGAGGAGCCCCUCCCAGCCCAAGCUCUCUCCUGGGGUGAAGAGGCCGGGGGCCUCCAGUGAGGGCGGGGCGGGCCCAGGCAGGAAGAGGCAGCGGAGAAGCACGGCAGAAAAAGAGAAGGAGAACCCGGGGGCGGGGGGGAGGCCCAAGAACUCCCGGCGGCGGAGCGUGGCCUCUAAAGUGUCCUACAAAGAGCCCAGCAGUGAGGGGGAGAGGUCCAGCGAAGAGGAGGAGUUCCACCUCUCCAGCGGAGAGGAGAGCGAGGACUCCGGAGAGAGGGCCCACACGAGGCGGGGCAGGAAGGGCAGGGGCAAGGGCAAGGGCGGGGCUCCACAGAGACAAAGGAGCAAGAAGGAAGCAAGCAGUGAGGGGGAAGAGGAGGAGGAGGAGGAGGAGGAGGAGGAAGGUGAGGAUGUGGGGAUGAGUAGAAGGAGGAAAGGCAGGGGGGCUGAUGAGUGGCUGGAGGUGUACUUGGAGCAGGUGGGUCGUUGGGUGUGUCUGGAUGUCCUGCAGACAAGCAUGGGGCAGCCCCAGCAGUGCACCAGGGGAGCCACCCAGCCUAUGAGCUACGUGCUGGCUGUGGAUGGGGAUGGGUGCCUGAAAGACCUGAGCUCCAGGUAUGACCCCACUUGGAUGACAUCAUCCAGGAAGCGUCGGGUGGAACCGGAGUGGUGGGAGGAGACUCUUUGUGGGUUUCGCAGUCCUGCUUCUCAGAGAGAGCAGCGGGAGGACCAAGAGCUUCAGGCUAAGCUUCUGGAUAAACCGCUGCCCACAGCCAUCUCUGAGUUUAAGAACCACCCACUGUAUGCUCUGAAGAGACACCUGCUGAAGUAUGAGGCGAUAUAUCCCUCCACAGCAGCCAUCCUGGGUUACUGCAGAGGCGAGGCCGUCUACUCCAGGGACUGUGUUCACACCCUGCACUCCCGAGACACUUGGCUGAAGGAGGCAAGGACAGUGCGUCUGGGGGAGGAGCCAUACAAGAUGGUGAGGGGCUUCUCCAAUCGGGCGAGGAAAGCAAGGCAAGGAGCAGAGCAGAAGGACAAAGAUGACCUGGCGCUGUUCGGUCCCUGGCAAACCGAAGAGUACCAGCCCCCAGUAGCAGUGGAUGGCAAGGUGCCUCGUAAUGAUUUCGGGAAUGUCUACCUGUUUCGGCCGUGUAUGCUGCCGGUGGGCUGUGUUCACAUGCAUCUGCCUUGCCUGCACAAAGUCGCCCGUAAGCUGGGCAUCGACUGUGCGUCUGCGGUCACAGGGUUUGACUUCCACUGUGGCUUCUCCCACCCUGUCACUGAUGGCUACAUCGUAUGUGAAGAGUAUCAGGAGGUGCUGCAAGCUGCUUGGGAGAAUGAACAGGACAUCCUCCAGAAGAAAGAGAGAGAGAAGCGGGAGAAGCGGGCUCUGGACCACUGGACUCUGCUGGUAAAAGGGCUGCUGAUCCGGGAACGAUUGCAGCGCCGCUACGGGAGGCAUAGGCCAGAGCAGUCAGUGGCCAAGGAGGGGGAGAGAGGACUGUCCUCUGGUGAGGAGGACACCACUGCAGUGGCCCUGGCAAGCUCCUGGCCCCAGAACCGACAGGAUGACCAAGAGUCAGAAACCAAACCAACAACCAAACGGGAGAAAAGGGGCCAGCAGAAACAUCUCUUCCCUUUUGAGAAAAUGUGAAAACACACAACAACAUGCUCCUGUAGACAUACUGUACACACAUUGUACAGUAUGUCUAUAGGUGAUAUACCUGAUGUACCUGUACACUCAUCAGCCCUCCCCUUUACCCAACUUUCCACCCCUACAAAUGACUCAAUCAUGACUGUCCAAAUUACUCAUCAAUGAGACUGUUUUUUUACUGAUUUAAAAUAUUUUUGUUAAUGAUUUUUCUUAAAUAAUUGCAUUGGAAUUCCAAAAAUGGAUGGUAUUUGGUGUAGGCUUAGAAUGUGGUGUAUUUGCUGCAGUAUCAGGGCAACAAUGAUUCAACUGCCUAGUAAACACAAAAACUUGUUUUUUCAGUUA